GUUUUGUCAGUGGAAGAAGGAAAGGAAGGGCAGCGGUGAAGGCUGAGAUCUAGGGAGGCAGUUGUGGAGUCGACGACGACUGAGAUCGGGGAGGCAAUUGGCCGGUGACUUCGCUGCUCUGUUUUCUUUCUGCUUUUUGGCUGCUUCUGCACAAAGAUGAAGGGCUUGCUUUCUGGUUUUGCUUCUGCAGAGACAAAGGAUUGGAAGCCACAGACGGAGGUCACGAGCAAGCAGCAGGUUCACGAUUUCUGGCUGAGAUCAGGCAGGGAAAGGUUGGCGGUGGUGACUAGUGCGUGGUACUGGUGGUCUUGUUCUUCUCUUCCCCUGCUCUCUUUUGUUUCUAAUUUCUCUUGGGUUUGCUUUUGCAAUUUGCAGUGAAAUAGCAAAUAGGAAGACCUAAUCCUAUGAGAGUUUUGUUUUUUUAAUUGAUUUGUGAUUUUAAUUUCUAAUUAAAGUUAAUGGCAUGG